AUGUCUGUAGAUCGGUCGGCGCAACUCGGAAUCCAACGUGUGACCGUGAGGAGUUUUGAGCCGGCGCAGCACCGGCCGGCUCCGUGUCGAGCCACUGGGUCGAUCGCGGGGUCGCGCUACUCAGUGGUUGCUCCACAUACAAUUAUAUGUGGGGUGCGGGGCGGGGAGCGCGUGACCUUUCUGAGGUCCCGUUACAGGCACCUGCAGGACGUUAGUGUCCCGCUAGACGAGAAGCGCUCAUUAACUGUCGCGACUAGCGGACACCGAUCUCACUACCGUUCGAUUUAA